GUGUGCAUAAAUAUGCUGAUAUAUAAAUAUUCCUUUUAAAUUUUACUCACAACUACCUUUAAGUAAUUGCUUAUUCAUGUAGUUAUAAACAUCAAUAAACAUCAAUAUCUAUAUAUUCAGUGUACGAAUUUAUUAACAUCAGAAGAUAAACGAUUUUAGUGUAUAAUCGUGCAUUUUGAAAAUAAAAAAUUUGUGUUCGUUUGUUGAAGAUUCUCAAGUCGCUCAGUAUUAAUUUAAACCGCGUUACUAGACUGAAAUAAAACGAUGUGAAUAUUUUAUGUUUCUUGUAAUAAAUCGCAAGUGAAGAGUGCAUAUUUAAUGAGCACUGGAAAAUCGUCUGUUCAAGAUAUUUAUUAAACACUUCGUUCGUCGUUUAUAUUACUUAUUAACAGAAUUUUCAAUGGAAUCAAGGCGAAAAAAAAUGUGGAUUUUCCGGCGUGAGAAUUGUAAUUGAUCCUAAUCAAACUAAUUAAUGAUAAAGAUGCCUCUUCUUCACAAGCACCUAGAGAGUAUAUUGCAGGAUCAUAAUUAUGGAGCACCUCUUCCUCGCACCAUAUCGUCCACUGAAUCUAACUAUGCUACGCAUGAAACAAACAAAGAUUUAUCUGACUCAUCUGAUAGAGCUAAUAUAAAAAAUUCAACUGAAGACGAUGCAAGUAGUAUUAUUAGUAUCGAACUCGGAUAUGAAGUUGAACCAGAGGGAGAAGAAACCGAAACUGCUCCCGAAGGGGAGGGGGAAGAAGGUGGUGACGGCAAUACUCGGUGUAUAUGUGAUUUCGAGCAUGAUGAUGGUUACAUGAUAUGUUGCGAUCGAUGUUGCGUCUGGCAACACGUGGAUUGCAUGGGAAUUGAUAAAUCAAACAUUCCUGAUGAGUAUUUAUGUGAAGUUUGUUGCCCUAGAAAAGUAGACCGAUCUCGCGCUCGAUCUUUGCAAAUGCGAAAACGUGAAGAUCUUUUUACUACAGACCUUUCGUCAGAUGGUUCUACUGACAAUUCACAUGUGGAAAAUAAAGCGUCUGAUAGUUCUAAAAAGAUUGAAUUAUUUUCGCUUGAGAGGAAAAAUUCAGAUGAAGAAUGCCAUUUAAAACCUUAUCAAAACAGGCAUAAACAUUUCAAAAAAUUUAAAAGAGAAAAAUCAGUAAAUUCGGAAAGCAAAAAGUUGAAUGUUAUAUCAAAUAUAAAGUCUGAUGAAGAGGAGAUAUCAAACCCAUCGAUUGAUACGUAUAAAAAGGCAACAAUAAAUCAAUACAGUAUAGAACUGAAAAUGAAAAUUUCUGGUUUCAAAACGGAUAACUCACAAAGUGAAAUAGAUUACGAAAAUCUUAGCGAUUCUAAUGUAAUUCUUUCUUCUUCAACUUUUGAAGGAAGAACUUUUAAAUGUUUGAAAGCUAAUCAGGAUUUGGAAGAGGGUACUCCAAUAAUUGAACUAUGUGGAAAAUAUAUACUAAAGUCGGAAUUAGAUAAUCUGCAUCCACGUGGUUACAAUCAACCAAAUCCCGAUACUUUACCUUUUAUGUUUUUCUAUCAUUUUCAAAAAGACGACGUCGAAGUAUGCGUUGAUAUGCAAACCUACGGAAAUGAAGCUAGAUUUAUUCGUCGCAGUUGCAUUCCAAAUGCUCAAAUAAAACACAAAAUUAGAAAAAGACUAUUGCACUUAUAUAUUGUUGCUAUUUCGCCAAUCCAAAAAAAUACAGAAAUCACAAUAGGACAUGAUGGAUACGAAGCUUAUUCCGAAAUAUUUAAUACCACUUCAAGACAGAUAUCAUGUGCGUGCAAUAAUUUUGAAAAAUGUAGCUUAAGACAAACUCAAACGGAUGAUACUUUUUAUAAAAAACUAGAUAAUAAUCAAGAGAAUUUGUGUAAAAAGGAAUGGAAGAAUAAUUUUUCAAGGCAGAUUCAAAAACAAAUGCGUCAAACUAUAAGGUCUGAUAAAAUCAAGGAAAAAAGUAGCCACAGAAAUGCACACAUGUUCACAAAAAAGAGUAAAAUUAUAGGAAAUGAAAUUAAUCGCAAUCGUAAAUUGACUACAAAUUCGCAAUUAAAAAUCAGUCUUAAUACACCAGAAAUGACGAUUGAUACUAAACAUAAAAAAAAAAUGACUCGGGAAGAACGCAAACUUGAAGCUAUUAUGAAAGCGUUUGAACGUCUUGAAAAAGCAGAACAACGAAAGCAAGAUGCUUUAACUCGCCAAAUUUGUAGAAAAAAACCAAUCGAAUUUCAUUCUCAAGGUAAAAAUAGUGAUUGUAAAAAUGUUGCUGGCUUACCAAAUCUUGUAUCUCAUCGAAGUAAAAAGAAAUCUCGGAAGAAUUUUAGUACUAAUUUCAUUUCAAAUGAAAAUCUCAAUUCAACAGAAUCAGAUCUAACAUCUGGAGACGAACACAGCAAUAUAAAUGAACAGAACAUUAUGAAACCAACCGCUGAAAUUUUGUCUGAUGAUAAUUUGAAAAAUGAUAAUCAUAAUGCUUUAACGGAUUCAAUAAUAAAAGUUGAAAAUGAAAGAUAUUUAAAAUCGUCAAAAAAACGUUUGUUUCGCGACAAAUUUAAACAUGAAAAUUUUGAGGAAAAUAUGAAUCAACUUAAUUCUUCGCCAACAUCAGUAUCGUCGACUUAUUCAUUAGCGGAUUCUGCCGUGAAACCUUUAAGUUCAGAAAAUAAAAUUGUAGAUAAUAAAAAAAAAUGUAUAAACGAUUGGCUUUUGGAAUCAUCAAUUAGAGAUAAAAAAAAUGAAGUUGUAGAGGUAUUAAGUCCAAAUUAUCAUGAAACACAAAAUUUAGCUUCUUUGGCUGAACUCGCAGAAACAUUAGAACCAAGUGUAAAAGUAUUCGAUUCUUCUCAAAAUCUUCAAUCAUCAAAUCAAACCAUUGAUCCACUCAGCGUUUCAGCUAAAAAGCGUUGGCUUCGUCAAGCUAUAUCUGAAUCACCACAGCAAAGCAUUGAAUCUAAUAGUUCGCCUCUUAUGGUCGCACCACCAAAGAAAAGACGAACAGCCCGAGAAAAUUUAUUAACAGAAAAUUACUCAUUACCAAAAACUGCUCCAAUCACAGAUCACAAUGACGAUCACGUGGAACAAUUCAAAAAGGGUGAUUGCAAUGAAAAUCAGGAAAAAAUUAAGAAAGAAAAAUGCACCACUGAAUUGGAAUUUAAUAGUUGCAAUAGCAUUGACCAAUCGAUUUUUUUUGAUGUCAAUAAAAACGACGAUGUCAAGCCUCAAUGUCAUGAAGGCGAUGAGCUUUCAACGAUAAAUAAUAUACAGAAAUGUGAUAAUAAUCUUAACAAAACGAAUAUAAAAUCAGAAACUCAGGUCGUAAAAAAAGAAGAUGCAAAAAAUGAUUUUAUUCAUACUCUUCGACUAAAUCAUUUUAGUACUGAUACGGAAAGUUCUGAAAAAUCGAUUUUAUCAACCGAUUAUGUGCAACACGAUAGUAAAACUUAUGAAAAACAAGAAUUAAAUAAUAAACUUAUUUCGUUGGAGGGCUGUGAGAUCAAAAAGGAAAAAUCUGAACUUCAGCUAUCGCAGGAAUUGCAGGUAGAAGAUGAAAAAAAAAUUAACUUUGAUUAUUCAGAAAAUUCGAAUGUGUUCGAGGAUUUAGAAGAGUCCACCACUAUUAACAAUACUUUCAAUUGUGAAACAAUUGUUCCGAAAGACGAAAAUCAAACUUUGCCUAUUCCUCCUUUGAGCGAAAGGAUUAGAAAAAAGUUUAAGAGAAAAUCAACUGAAACAAGUGCUGAUAAUAUAAGACAAGAUUUAAUACAAUGUUCAAAUACUAAUGACAAAAUUGAUUGUAAAAACAUGAAAGAUAUUUCAUCAGCCUUGCGUGAAUUAUUAGAAAUACAAGUUGAAAGUUCUGAAACUGUCCCAUCACACCAAUCUCAUCGAGAAUGCUAUGAAAAGUGUAAUGAUAUCAAAGAAGUUAUGGCAGCGAACAUCGAAACUCCCAAGCCACUAAUUUCACCUCAACGUUUAGAAUUUGAAAACCAAGAAAUACGACCCGUAAUUAAAAAGACACCUAAGGAUCCUAGAACAGCAGUACCUAAAAAUCUUGUUGCUCCGAACGUACUCAGUAAAAAUGAGUCAUUGAAAGUAGCAGAAAAAAGAAAGCUGUCUAUAUCUGAAUAUCGACAACGGAAACAGACAGUUAAGGUUUUAUUACCUGAAUCCAAUGUUUCUUCAAGUAAGAAACCACUUUUGAAUGAAGCUAUUGACACUUUUUGUCCAAACUCUGUUAAAAGUUUUGAUGAAGAUAAUGCAAGUGAUUCUCUACUAAAAAAUGAAGAUAAAACAAUCGAGAAGAAAAGUAUAGAUGAUGAUACUAUUGGAUGGUCAGCUGCUCCUACUUUAGUCGAAAGACAACGUGAAAAUCCCACUAGACGUCUACGUCGUGAAUUUGGAUUAUUUUCUAGUAAAACAAAUGGAGAACCGUUGCAAAAUAUUGAUUUUUCAGAUGUUGAUGCUUAUCAUCAAGAAGAUAUUUGGAAUUCAAACUGCAUACAAAUCAACAAUAUGGAUUCAACGAAUCAUGUUGACGAACAAACAUCAAAAUUUUCUAACAUGGUAUCGUGCAACGAAAAAGAAAGCAUUCUUGAUCAAACUUUACUCUUAAAACAUCAAGGUACUCCAUCUUCAGAGAAUGGAUAUAAUAUUGUAAAAACUAAUCAAACAAACAGAUUACCUCAAGCUCCUCCAGGGUCUAAUCCUUACCCACCCACAGUAACUAAUGAAACUGACAUUCUAUCUAAUGUAUCGAGUAUAAAAAGUGACAAGGAACAGUUUCGAAUAUUAAAAUCGUCAAUAAUGCAUGCUGAGACAUCGGUUGAAUUACUUUCAGUUCCUGAUCCAAAUUCAAAAAAUUCCCAGGUUUCACGCUAAAAAUAACUGGGUUAUUACAUUACUUAAAAACAUCAUAAAUUAAAUAAUAGUCAGAAUAUUUUAUAGUCUAGUUUUUAUUCUACUGUAUUAUCAGUAGAACAAACAACUUAUAAACUGUUGAAUUUCGUGUAAGGCAUGAAUUUAUAAGUAUGGCUAAUUUUCUGUCCAACUGACUGGGCCGAAAAAUUUGUUCAGCAAACAUAAUGAACAUAUAUUGUUUUUCAUGUCUCCAGUGCCCAAAAUUUCUUCAAAAUUCUAUCAACUUUAGCAACCCAAAUUUGAAGUUUUAAAAAGUUCUUAAAUAGCCCAUUAGAUUCUCGAUCCAAGAAUAACAUUUUUAAGAUUGUUAGCGUUAUUAUAAAUCAUUUGGAUAUAUUUUUUUAGCAGAUUAGUACAGUUCAGAUUUAGUUGGAUCACUGUGAUAAAAUUUUUUCCAAAAUACACAUUAUCAAAAUAUUGUAAUUCAAAAUAUUGACUUUGGAUCAUUUUUCCACUAAUAAUUUGUACAAUUUAAAAAUAAAUGAUUUUAUAUCACUGCGUGGCAUAAGUUCACAUUUAUGGCACGCUUUUCGGUGGCAUA